UUUUUUAUUUUAAUAGUUUAUUUUCAAGGCUCGAACAUGGAGAAUGAUUUAGACUACAUGUAUGUGCAGGUUGUUGUGGUGGAGAUCACGAGCAGAGGAUGUUUUUCCACGGAGACAGUGUUAGAUGACUGCUGUCAUGGACCCGUGACGCUGCUGCUGGCUCGAGCAAACUGCACGUGCCUCUGCGUCACGGCGGUCCGGUUGCCUUCGCAACGGGAUGGAGCCGCCUGAGGACAAUGGUUGCCAACAGUCAAAACAAAGACAAUGAAAAAAAGAAGCAAUGAAAAGAAAAGAACAGUGGAAAUGGUGGACACUAGACUGGUAUCAAUGGAAAAGGGAAACGAUCAGUGUCAUUGGAUGAAUACUAUUAUUAAGCAACAGAAAAACGGGGCUGCGUGUGAACGACUGCGGGGUCACAGCAGGUGGCUCAGUAUGAGUCGAGAUGGCUGGAUGAGGAAGAGAGCCAGUGCUGGUGAUGACAAUGGAUGGGCUGAAAGGGGGGGCUACAUGGCUGCCAAGGUGUCCAAGCUGGAUGAGCAGUUCAGACUCGAUGCCCCCAGAGAAAAGCAGAAGGAAGGAGCAUGCUCAGGCAUCUUCAGAGGGGUGGCUAUUUAUGUCAACGGAUACACAGAGCCGAGUGCGGAUGAACUUCGCAGACUGAUGAUGCUGCAUGGGGGUCAGUUCCAUGUCUACUAUUCACGCUCAAAAACCACCCACAUCAUCGCCAAUAAUCUGCCCAACUGCAAAAUUCAAGAUCUCAAAGGUGAAAAGGUCAUCAGGCCAGAGUGGAUCACUGACAGCAUCAAGGCCGGGCAUCUUCUACCCCACCUAAAGUACCAGCUGUAUGCUAAACAGAAGAGCACACUCUUCCCCGGCAUCACUUUGCACCAGACCCUGGAGGUUGCAGGAACAAGCCAAAGUUCCCUUCAGCCAAAUGUUCGUCAAAAGCUGCAUCUGCCACAGCAAAAAAUCGGCCUCUCUGUUCCCCACACUGGGCCGUCCUUACUUAGCUGCCGGAACAACCACAUCCCUCCCUCCAGCUGCAGUAGCCCUCAGCCCACCCAGCAUUCAAUAGGCCAUUCAAUAGUCGGUCAAAUCAUUACGGAUUCCAAACAUAGAGGCCCACUACAGUCCCACCCACCUCAGAACCUAAACCACACAAAGCCCCCACACAAGUCUACUCACCGUAAAGAAGAAGAAAAAAUAGCAAUCAGAAAUGGUAUACUGCCGACCUCAUCGGAUGUUAUGAGCCAUUCAAAGACAAACAAAAUGCAAGAGUGUGUGAAAGGCGGUCCUUGUUUGCCCGCGGCUUCUAACAUGGCAAAGGAAGUCCCCUUGACCAAUGGACAUGCUCAUCUUCUCAAUGGUGCCUUAAGACCAGAGGACCUGGAACCCCUUAUAGAUCAUCAUGGCUCUAACCAGCCAAAGCACAGAGCUAGAAGUUCACCUGAGAAACCUCAAAGUCCUGUAGAACAGGCCAGGUCUGACCCGUAUGAGUUUCCUCUAAGUCCCCCAAAGCAAUCUCAGAUGUCCCCAGUUGUUCUAGAUCAAUCCAGUACAGAGGGUGCCAGUGGAUGUCCCCAUACACCACCCACCAACCAUGACACUGCAAAAGACAGUGAAACACAACUCUUCACUGAACUGCACCAACCAUCUCCACAGGUCUCUACGGGUUCUGAGCAAAACCAUCUGUCCCAGCCGCCUUUUUCUCAUUCCCACUCUUUACUCCGCCCAAAUGGGAGUCACCACAAUGCCUUUUCAUGUAAUCCUGCCCUCUCCAGCCCUGCUGGUGUCAAGACCAAACUUAACCUUCACAGCGACCCCUCAUCCAAGUCUUCUGUGCAGCUGCUUGAACAGACGGGCAGUCUGAUCUCCGAGUUCUAUUCCCACUCCCGAUUGCACCAGAUCUCCACAUGGAGGAUCGGCUUUUCUGAAUACAUAAAUGAACUUCAUCAUAAGAAAAAAGAAUCUGGGAGCAUUUCCUACCCAGGGAAAGAUCGAUUAAGGAAAGCUGCAGCUCAACGACCAUCAGACAGUCGAGGUUCUUCAGCACCAGUCAGUGUCAAGUCGUGCAUUUUCCACGUAGACAUGGACUGUUUCUUUGUGUCUGUGGGGAUCCGACAUCGACCGGACCUUAAAGGCAAACCUGUUGCUGUGACCAGUAACCGUGGACACGGCCGGGUGCCCACAAGACCCGGAGCGAACCCUCAGGUGGAGCAGCAGUACUACCAGAGAAAACAUGCGCAUCCUCAGCCUGAGAAAGAAGGGGAUCUUUUACACACAUCCCCAUCCCAAGAUAGUCCGGACUCGUAUGCCAACGGAGUGAAUCUGGAUUCUGCUGCACUCUCAAUGGCAGAGAUAGCUUCCUGCAGUUAUGAGGCUAGGCAGGCGGGCGUGAGGAACGGGAUGUUUUUUGGCAAGGCGAAGCAGCUGUGCCCCUCUCUGCAGUCCGUCCCCUAUGAUUUUGAAGCCUAUAAAGAGGUGGCUAUUAACAUGUAUGAGAUUCUGGCAAGUUACACACGUGACAUUGAAGCCCUCAGCUGUGAUGAAGCAUUGAUAGAUGGCUCUGCCCUGCUUGCUGAAUUGGGAAUUAGCCCUGAUGAUUUGGCCCAGGCCAUCAGAGCAGACAUCAAGGAGAAAACUGGAUGCAGUGCAUCAGUGGGCAUGGGGUCCAACAUACUUUUGGCUCGGUUGGCAACUCGCAAGGCUAAGCCAAACGGGCAGUACUUCCUAAAGUCUGAAGAGGUGGAUGAUUUUAUCAGAGAUCUGCCUGUGACCAGAUUACCAGGGGUGGGGCAUGUUAUGGGCAAAAAGCUGGCUACUUUGGGUGUGACUACCUGUGGGGACCUCCAGCAGGUGUCUUUGUCUCAGCUGCAGAGGAUGUUUGGCCCCCGAACAGGACAAACCCUGUUUCGCUUCUGUAGGGGUUUAGAUGACCGUCCCGUCCGCUGCGAGAAGGAAAGAAAAUCUGUUUCCGCCGAGAUGAACUAUAACAUUCGCUUUACAAAGGUUGAAGAGGCAGAGAGUUUCCUGUCAAAUUUAUCCAUGGAGGUGCAAAAACGUUUACGGGAAGCAGGACUGCGGGGUCGCAGGGUGACGCUCAAAGUCAUGGUUCGCAAGGUUGGAGCACCGCUAGAGUCAGCCAAAUAUGGUGGUCAUGGCAUUUGUGAUAACUUAGCCAGAACUGUCAUGCUCACUCAGCCCACUGACAGUGGACAGCUGAUCGCAUCCGCAGUCAUCAAGCUACUCCACGCCAUGCAGCUGCAGGUGCAGGACUUAAGAGGAAUUGGCAUUCAGGUGCAACUUCUCGAAGGAAAUCGGCAUCUUCCACCGGACGGUCGGGGUCCUCGGUCAUGCUCCAUUAAGGAGAUGUUGACCAUCAGAUCCAAUAAGAACAAUUAUUGUAAGGAACAGUCCACUCCAUCAGCUAGCACCUCUUCGCUUAUCUCGUCUCCUGCUGAGCCGGUUCCAGGAACAAGCAAAGAACAGCCGACCUGCAGGAAGACACCCAAACAUUCACGCACACGUCUCAGCAUCACCAUUGAAGUUCCCUCGCCUUCCCAGGUGGAUCGUUCUGUGCUGGAAGCUCUUCCCCCAGAAUUGAGAGAACAAGUAGAGCAGUCGUGGACCAAGAGAGAUGGAAUACCAAAUAAAUGCCAUUCACCUGCUCUGCAGCAGUCUUCGCCACACCCCCGCCAAGCUUCCCCUCCUCGUCCAGCACUGUCCAGUCCACCUGCUGGAACCUUAGUCCUGCAGAUUCCAAACCAGCCAAACACUCCAGGAAUUGUACUUGAACUACCAAACUUCUCACAGGUUGAUCCAGAUGUGUUUGCAGCCCUCCCCAAAGAGCUACAGGAAGAACUCAAGUCCGCCUACAACCGUGCAGCCAAUGUGCAAGCCCAGCUGAAAACAGUGGAGCAGAAGAAUCCACUGCUACAGCUAAAACAGCCGGCGGUGGGAACUGGCAUUGGUCGAGUGAAGAGACGCUACAAGAGGAAGAACGCAGUCAGUCCACUUAAAAAAGGAACGUCACCCAUGAAGAGGCAGCAGACAAACAGUCCAGUCAAACCCAUAGCAGCUGCUGGAAAAUCAAGAGAACCGAUCAAUAUACCAAAGAAUGAAAACAAUCCCUCCACCUCAAACCUGGACCUCGCAGAACCUGCGGUCGAGGCCGUUUCUAGUCCUGUUCCAAUGCUGGCCGGAGCCUUUGACCUGACAGACAUCAGGACACUGCUGCGGGAAUGGGUCACCACCAUAACUGAACCAAUGGAGGAGGACAUCCUGCAGGUGGUGAAAUACUGCACUGAACUGAUCGAAGACAAAGAUCUGGAAAAGUUAGAUUUGAUUAUAAAGUACAUGAAAAGGCUCAUGCAGCAGUCGGUGGAGUCUGUGUGGAGUAUGGCGUUCGACUUCAUCCUGGACAACGUGCAGGUGAUCUUGCAGCAAGCGUAUGGUAGCAUCCUGAAGAUAACGUGAAGGAGCAGUCCCCGUCUUCACCGGAUGUGGUUUUUGCACUUCUAUUGUUUUUAUAAAGUCCAUCUAGUAAUGAAGUCACAUGGAAGUGAUUUCUUUUGUAAUACCUUCUCAAGUGUGCCACGUUUACCAGUGAUCUCUGUGGCCAACAAUAAACAGCGGGAGCCAUGACAGUAUUUGAUAUGUUCAGUACAUACGGUUGUUUUGUUUUGUUUUUUUUAGUUGAUCAAAUUAAAAAUUGUUCUCAGUUUCCCUUCACCUCCUUCUGUGAAGACCAGCAGCUUUAUAAAAUUGCCCCCUUUGUUUAUUUCUGCAGACAAUGCAUGAUUUUACCUGUGUCUAGAACAAUGUUCCAACCCUGCCAUGUUGCAGGAAAAAAAAAUGUGUUUUUAUCCACUACUCCUUCCACAUAUGUAAAAGUAUUCGUGUUACAUGCGUGCUCGUUCUGUUCAAGUACAUCUCCUACCUGUUGAAUCGAAGGAUUCUUGCUUCAGGCGUGCACAGAUUUCUGAAAACAGCAACAAAAAGACACGGUUGCUUGUUUCUUCGGUGCUCUAAUUUUCCAACACUUAUCUGUGAAAUAUUCAAAGCUGCUGCACACAGUGGAAUAUUUUUUACUUCUUUUUAAAAGAAAAGAAGUGCCAAAUCCUAUUAUUCAGUGUAAAUAAUGUUUUUAAAAUCGUGGUUGAGAAUUUUUAAGGAAAAAAAGUGGAGAGGACUUGCCUCUUGUAUUGUUUACCUGUAGUGAAUUCUUAGUAAGAGUCUUAUAAUUGUAACACUACUCACUCUUUAAUUGUUCCAACAUGGAAAUCAGAAGCUCGCCAAAGUACCUCAUGAAGGUUUAGUUACUGAUUCACUGUAGCACUCUGAUUCGGGAGAACAUUGACAUGAUUCAUGGCAAUCAAGCAGCUUAUGCAUCUUUUUUUUCUACUUACAAGCAAGAUGUCUACUCAAAAAGUGAUGCCAUGUUCAGCAAGCAUUUGUUUUAAGAAAGUAUCAAGCGUUGCAAUGUGCUCUCACUGAUUAAUAAUGUUUAUAUUGAGAGAAUUCUUGAUUUGUAUAAUUACAGGGGAUUUUCUUACUUAUUGUUGUACUCACUCUGGAAAACGGCUGUAUAGCAUGAGGCUACAUUUCCGUAUUUGUGCACAUUUUAAUUUUUAUACCAAUCACUUGGAAGUACUUGUUGUAAUAUGGCCGGAUGACCUCUGAACUCUCCUUGGGAGAUAUUAUGUAUGUAGUUUAAAAGCAGUAUCCUUAUAUGCAAAGCAGAUCAGUCUAUCACCGUUUUGAAUACUUGUUGAAUUGAAUGUAAUCUGGAAUGUGUAUAUUUUCACUCACUUUCACUCAGUGUAAGUUUCUUCACCUGUCAUCUUUUUAUCAAAGGAGUGGCCACAGGUAAAAAUUGGCCAGUGUUCUAUAAACUGGCUUGUGCCUGAAGACCUGAAGCUGUGAACUUGUUUGUAAGUUUUCUAAACCUUGGUAAUAAACUGAAUUCUGUAUUGAU